AAUUUAGUUUCAUGUAAGUUUUAUGUUAAAAAUAAAUAAUAAUAACGCUUCUUCACAAUUUACAGAUGCAAACACCACUCGCGAGGUUCGCGCUGACAUCGCUGGAGUCAUAGUUGUGGCGCAACGUCGCGCCACUCUUCGCCAACACGUGUGUAUGGGUGACGUCACAGAGCACGCGAUUCUACCCCGGUUCUUAAUGGUGCCUGGUCAAAACAAACCAAAUACAUUGAAACUGAACAGUGUGGCGCGACAAGCCAGUCGGUACUCCGCCCGAGACCCGAGAUUAAGAACCUAAGUCCCAAACGAAACUCCAAAAUUUAAAACUGCCAGUAUUUUUUCCAAAGUAUUUUUUGUAGUACAAAGUUAAAUAUGGAACAAGAUUGGGAACCAGUUGUGUUAAGACAUUCCCGGACACCGAAGAAUAGAGAGCUGGUCAGGGAAAGCGCAGUCAGAGAAUCGUUGUUAUCUGAAUCUACGUCAGGAAUAUGCAAAGGUGAAGACGAUGAUACGACCAGUGUUGGAACUGCGUCGUUCUCGAGUCCCGAACUAGAAUUUAGCACUCGAGACCGACUUGUAAACACCAACAAGACUAAAUACUCUACGAACUUCAAAGAAGAAAUUAGUCCGAUUUUAAAGAAGCAAAAACAUAAUCAGGUUAAAAUUACUGAAAAUCCUGCUGAUGAAGAUGUUGAAAUCGAAGAUGAAAAGUCUGCUAAAGAUACAAUUGGAAUUCCUGAUGGAGGGUGGGGGUGGGUUGUGGUUCUGUCAUCAUUCAUUAUCUCUAUGAUAGCCGACGGAAUCAGUUUUUCGUUUGGAUUACUCUAUAUCGAGUUUCUAGAAGAAUUUGAGGCUAGUAAAUCAACUACAGCUUGGAUUGGUAGUCUGUUCAUCGCUGUUCCCCUACUUUCUGGACCAGUUAUGAGUGCUUUAGUUGACAGAUAUGGAUGUCGCAGUAUGACCAUACUUGGAGGUAUAAUUUCGACGUUGGGUUUCGUUCUGGCUUCAAUUUCGACGACGCUCGAAAUGAUGAUGAUAACUUUUGGAGUUAUCGCUGGUUUGGGUCUUGGGUUGGUUUACGUCACAGCUGUUGUGUCUAUAGCUUACUGGUUUGAAAAGAAGAGGAACUUGGCUGUAGGCUUGGGUGCUUGCGGUACUGGCGUCGGAACAUUUCUGUACGCACCCAUGACGCAGUUCUUCAUAGAGGAAUACGGGUGGAGAGGUACAAUUUUACUUCUAUCUGGCACGCUUUUGAACUUGUGUGUAUGUGGUUGCGUCAUGAGGGAUCCUGAAUGGUGGAUCGUGGAGCAGAAACGACAAAGAAAUAGUAGGGAUGAAGGUAAAUUGAAGAAAGACGAUGAGAAAUCGAGACAUUCCAGUUCUGCGUCCAUUUCUAAUCCUUAUGUCUUUGAUUUUGAUGCUCCAUCUCGAGGAAAAAGUAUGGUUGGCUUGAUAAGGAGAGGUGUGUCGCCUGAGAAAGUGAUCAGUCAAGAAGCAGAGAGUAUCAAGCGUCACCAGGACAUUUUGAAGCUUAAGAAAUACAAGGGUGUGAAACCGAUGUCACAGUCUGUUGAGAACCUGCCAACGUAUCUCACCUACAGCGAUAAGGUGUCUUUGACAACGUUAGAUGUACUUGUGAAGAAGACAAGCCGGGAACACGGGAUUGAAGUGAAAUAUCCAGCAUUUGCCAUUAACCGAACCAAAAAGAUCGUACCAAAGGAACCGAGUACCGACUCAAACGACCCUCCCAUCGUUAAAUACUUAAAGCACGCUAUACAAAGAACAAAUUCAGAAAACUACGAAAGUAAGGACAAAACUUCGGAUAAAUUCGAGUUGAAGAAUCCUCAGACUUGUGCUAUGAAGGCUAAGUCGGAAGCCAGGGAGGGCAAAGAGCUGGUGAAACAAGACAGUAAGGAGAACAGAAGGGAUUGGUUGAAGAAACAGCUGUCGGUGAACCAUCACUACUUGAAGGAUUUGAAGAUGCCACUAAACUCCAUCAGCCAUAGAAGUGCGAUGCUUAAUGUGAAGCGGUAUCGUUUGAAGGCGUCUUCAUGUCCAGACAUAUUUAAGAAUUCGAUGAUUACCAUCGAUGAGAAGGAAGAGAAAUGGUACGACGACUGCGUAAGCUGCCUCGGCGACAUGUUCAACGUGUCCCUCCUCAAGCUGAUGACCUUCAACCUGCUUUGUCUUGGCACCAUCUUCCUGUUCACCUGGUUCAUCGUGCCUUACUUCUACCUCGCCGAGCACAUGAUACAGGAGGGGUAUACUGAGGACGACGGCGCUGCAAUGCUCAGCUUGAUCGGAAUCACUAACACUAUUGGGAUGGUCGGUCUGGGUUGGAUCGGCGACUUCCCCCAGGUCUCCAUAGGCGGCCUGUAUGCUGUAUGUCUCAUACUUUGCGGGGCGUCCGUGGCCUCUAUACCGCCAGCUGCAUCAGCCAAUUACUGGAUUUUAGCCUCUGCGUCAGCGGCCUUUGGGUUGUUUUUUGCAGCAUCAUAUACCUUCACACCAAGUCUACUGGUGAAGCUGGUCUCCUUGGAUGAUUUCACUUCAGCAUACGGAUUAGUGCUGCUCGCUCAAGGCAUUGGACAUUUAAUUGGACCACCGUUAUCUGGUUUCAUAUUCGACGUGACGUAUUCCUGGGAGCUGUCGUUCUAUUUGGCUGGAGGCUGGAUCGUGGUCGCUGGCCUACUCAUCGCUCUGAUACAACCAGUCAAGGGCUACCAGAAGCGAAGGGCGGCGGCCGAUGAGAUCAGCAUGGCUUAGAAGAUGGGGAAAAGCAGAAAAUAAGUAAUUUCUUGUCAAAAUACCAUAUUUACACUUUUAGAUACUUACGUGAUAAGUUAUUGAACAUUAUAUUGCAACUCUUUCGUAAGGAACGGGCACCUUCAAGCGGUCCAGAGGAUCUACCUUAAGUAAACUCGUAAAAUAAUAUUAUAAUGGUUGUGGAAGCGUGACAGCGCAAUACAAGGCGUAGAGCGGCAUCUCUUUCACACCCGUUAUAAUAUUCCUUUUAGAAAUGACGGUAAGCUUCUUGUGCCUCAAUUCCGCUAUAAAUAAUGACCGAUGAAUUUAUUGUAUUGAACGUGAGUGUAUCGAACUGUACU